AUGAACAUUUUAUACUCGAUAACAACGCCUCCAUAUAAACACAUACCCAUCCGUCACCACACCAUCACAUUGGAUUACGCGCAGCUUUAUUUUCGUCCAGAGCCAACUAGUGGCCCCAUACCGCAGCAGUAUCAACAGUACCAGAAGUACCAACAGUAUCAGAAGUAUCAGCAUCAACCGUACCAGCAGAAGUAUUCACAGUAUCAGCAGUUGCCACAGCAUUACAACUACUACAACUACAACUACAAUCAUAAUUAUAAUAUCACCAGUUCACGUUCCACACCGACCCAUUCGCCCGCUCCCUCAUAUACACAUCUCCAUCAACACUCACAUCAUCAACAACAUCAUCUGCAACAACAACAACUACUUAUACAACAACAUCAAUUACAACAACAGCAACUACAACUACAAAAGCAACAACAACAACAGCUGCAACAGCAGCAGCUGCAGCAACAAAAAUCGCUCUCACAACAGCAGGCACAACAGGCGUGCCACUAUUACACGGCGCCGCCGCCACCAACCAACACCAACACCAGUUCGAACCACCACACGCCGAGUCAUCACAGUUCGACCUAUAGCGCAUACGGAUCGUACGGUUCGUACGGCGGCGGUACAUACGGCGGCGCUUAUCUCGGCACGAGCGGCAGCGAUAGCGGCGUAGGCGGUCUUACACCCAUCGGCCGCAACUAUCGUUGGUAUCACUCGAGCGGUAGCGGCGGUAGUGGCAGCGUCAGCGGUAGUGUUGGGAGCAAUUAUCUUACUGCCGGCUCACUUGGCGCCACAUACGGACGCACGUCGCCAGCCGCGCUUGCACACGCGCGCCCCUUGCUCGCCUCCACAUCGACAGCGGCCAGCAGCAGCGCAGGUGGUUGUGGUGCCAGCAGCGGCGCAUACGGUUUGGGACUUGGCCUGGGUUUGGGCCUCGAUCUCGAUACCAGUGACUACGAAUACGAACGCGCGUCGCUACACUCUGGCGCUUACGCAUACAAAUCGUCGUCAUCGCGACGUGGCAGCAGUCUUGCUGCCGAUUAUCUAUUGGACGUUGCAGCACGUUGCAGCGUACCAUCGCCGGCACUUGAGGCCGAGCCGGAUACUGAUCUUGAACUUGAUCUUGAUCUCGAUCUCGACGUGGGCGUCGGCGUCGGUGUUGACGUUAACGACGUUGACCACAUUGGUCACGACAUUGGCUUGGGCCUUAACGUCGAGGAUCUUGAAGAUCUUGAUAUCCCGGUACCAGAACCGGAACCCGAGGCGGACGUACACGACGAACUUGUGCGCGCACUCGAACUCGAACUCGAUUGGGGUCUUGACUACAACACCGCCACCACCACCACUACCACCCAUCUCAAUCUCGAUCUCGACAGCAGCACCGAUCUCGUCGGACUCGACGACAUCGACAUUGACGAAGAAGAAGAGCCGAUACUAUCGCCUGUGCUCAAUCGGUCAUUGCGUCCAUUCACCUAUCCGGCGCUUACGAUUACAGCACCAGAGAAUAGUAUCGCAAGCGAAUCACCAAUACCUGUGGCGACACCGCCACCGACACCGACGGAUUUUCUAUAUCCGCAGUUGGCGGUACACAGCAACAAAACGUCACCUCAACAGCAACAGCCACAACUACAGCAACACCAGCAGCAGCAGCAACAACAACAGCAGGCACAACAACAAUACCAGCAUCAACCACAACACUACCACCACCAACAACGUACAACGACGACACGUCUACCGCAACACGACGACAGUUGCGAGGAGUUCAAUAACAUUACCGACGAUCCGACGUCCUGCGUCGGCCAAAAAAGAAUGAUGGUUAGUCGUUUGUGGAAUAGUUGUUUCCCCAAAUUCACGCCGGAGCAUGUGCACCGGCACAAUUUCUACCUGUGUCAGUGGCAACGCAACACCCAAGUGCGCAUAGUCUAUCUUUUUUACCGUUGGCUAACGGCAAUUACCUGCCUCGCCGCACUCGUUUGCUCGCUACUGGACAUCGGUCGCACCGAAGAGCACUUCGAGAAUCAUUAUGCGAAAUGGUGGAUCUACUUGACACAUUGGGGUCUGCUCUUUUGUACGGUGCAAGCUUGGUUGGCGGCGUGGAUUGUAACGCAGGGCAUGAUGGUGGAGCGUGAGGAUUUCGAGGUUGUACGUCAGGUGCGCAAGAGCCGCCUGCAUCAUAUCUACUGGGUGCUCUACACAUGUGCCACCGUGUAUUCGUUCAUAAUAACGAUGUGCUAUUGGUUGUUGGUGCACGAUCCAGAAAUCCACAAAAUAGACGCUUUAAAUAUAAUGGUGCAUGUGUUCAAUUCGGUGAUUAUGCUCAUCGAUUUAGCUAUUGUCGGACAUCCGAUUAAAUUGAGUCAUGUCUACUUUACAACCGGCAUCGGCUUGGCCUACGGCAUAUUUACGGGCAUAUAUUUCAUAGCUGGUGGUACAGAUAGAAAGAACAACGUCUACAUUUACCCGAUGCUGGACUGGACCAAACCGGGCAAGGCCAUAAUUGUCACCGUGUGUGCCAUAAUAUUCGUCGUUGUGGUGCAUUUCUGCUGCUAUCUGCUCUACCGCACACGCGUCUGGCUCUUCACUAAGCUGUGCAUACGCGGCGCGAACAACCGCGACGGCGACAUGGGCGAGGGGCUGCACGACGAGUCCACGGCGCGUCUGGGUGGCGGCACUUCGCAGGAAUACUCGCAUCAACAGCAAUAUCCGAUAUUGCAUUCCGAGCAACCGCGCAGCGCGCAUCACCACCACCAACACGGACAUCCGCAGCACACACAACAGCAACAAUAUCAGCAGCAACCACAACAACAACAGCAGUACCAGCAACAGCCGAGCGGAAAUGUGCAAACGGUAGACAUGGUAAGCGGCAGCGGUGGCGGCGGCGGCGGCACACAGCAUACCACACCGCCUUACUAUCCGCAGUAUUCCGGCUACCAGCAGCAGCCCGUUGUGGCGGGCGUGAAUGUGGGUGUGCUCAGCGCCGGCGGUUACUAUCAGCCGGAAAACAAUAAUCAAAAUAAACAUCAGCAGCAACAGCAACAACAACACAAACAACAGCAGCAGUCACAGCAGCAACAAGCACAACAGCAGUCGCAGCAGCAGCAGCUGCAACAACAACAGCAGCAAAAGCACUCCUCACCCGGUGCAAGCAGCGCAUCCGGCUUAAGUCGCACCGUCGCCCACUUGGAUGCGGCACAGCGUGAGCAAUUCCUGAAUCCAAACAAGAUUGUGGAAUAUAAGAUGUAAAGGCGUUGUACCCGGCACCGAUAUACGUUCCACUUGUCCAUGAAAUUCUUGGAGAAACACUGUGCGCAAUGUCAGGCGGCCAAGCGACGCGCCGAAGCCGAAGCCGCAGCGGAAGCGCAUGCCAAGGCGGAAGCGCAAGCGGCCAUCGAAGCGGCGGAAAAGGCAGCAGCCGCAGCGUUCGAAGCAGCCGCCAAAGUCAAAUCCGAAUGCGCGAAAUGCUGUUGAGCGCGUCGCCAAUGCCAAUGCACUUCGCAGCUCCUAGACAUUGGCUACAACACAGGCGGUCGGGCAGUCUUGAUUUGUUAGCGUCACAGUGUGCCUGCGUUUUUGUAACUAUGUGUGUACAUGUGUGUGUUGUUGUUGUGUGCGCACAUUGUUGUUGGUAUUAGGUUCAAUUUAACUACUAGACAGUGUUCAGUGGCUCCGUUGUUAUGGUGUCGGGUAUUGGCGUUUGCAUUUAAGGUAAACGAAACGGGCGUAUGUGCGAGCGCUAGAGAGGAACAAAGGACAAAGAAACGGAGAAUAAGAAAAAAAGGAAAAACAAAGUUGAAGAAAACUGGAAAA